AUGAAAGAGGAACUUGAUGCAUUAACCAAAAACCAUACUUGGAAUCUGGUCACUCUCCCUCUUGGACAGUCUGUGGUUGGUUGUAAGUGGAUCUAUAAGAUCAAGACUCGCUCUAAUGGGUCCGUUGAGCGCUACAAGGCUUAUCUUGUUAUGGAUGUUAAAAAUGCCUUCCUUAAUGGGGAUCUCAGUGAAGAAGUCUAUAUGCAACCUCCGUUUGGUCUCUCUGUUAAAUCAAACAAGGUGAGCCAGUAUCUGUUUGCCCCACAAUCAACUCACUAUGCUACUAUUCUGCGCAUUCUUCGAUACUUGAAGGGCACUCUCUUCCAUGACCUUUUCUGCCCAGCUCAGUCUCCUCUUGUACUCCGUGCAUUCUCUAAUACUGAUUGGGUAGGAGAUCCCACUGAUCGCAGCCUCAAGUUCAAUUCUUCUCAAUCCUCUAAGUUGGUCUCAUGGGAUUCAAGCACAGAUUGUUGUUCCUGGACUGGUGUGACCUGCAAUAUGGGUCAUGUUAUUGGUCUUGAACUUGUCAAUGAGUCAAUAUUAGGUGGACUUGAUAACUCAAGCAGCCUCUUUAAUCUUCAUUAUCUUGAGAGUCUGAAUUUAGCAGAAAAUAGCUUCUAUGAUACUCAAAUACCAUCUGGGUUCGAAAACCUUGUUAAUUUGAUUUAUCUUAACCUUUCAAACUCUGAUUUCGUUGGCCAAAUACCGGUUGGGAUAUCAAGCUUGAUAAGGCCCUAUUCAUUCUUCUCUUGCAAUGCUUCGGUCACUCUCAGUGAUACAUUUGGACAUGAACAAUCUAUCUACUUCAGUUCCAGAAUUUUUGCUAAUUUCUCGAACUUGAGUUCCCUGCAUGUCAGUUCUUGUAAUUUGCAUGCAAGGUUUCCAAAGAACAUUUUCCAGGUAACCACAUUACAGACUCUUGACAUUUCAGAAAACCAAUUGCUUAAUGGGGUUUUGCCAGUAUUGCCUGAGAAUAGUUCCCUUCAGAACCUGUUGCUCAGUCAUACAAAUCUUUCUAGGCCAUUACCACAUUCCAUCACUAACCUGAAGUCCAAUCCCAUCGUUUACAUUGUUAAAAAACUUGUGAAUUUGAAUCUUGCUCAUAACUUUUUAACUGGUUCAAUUCUUUCAACUGAUUGGGAAGCUCUUCAAAAUCUAAGAAAUAUUGAAUUAAAUAACAAUUCAUUCAGCAGGUGUACACCAUUAGCCCUCUUCAACAUUCCAGAACUUCAGAAGAUAAUACUGUCCAAUAACCAAUUUUCUGGUUUAGUUGGAAAGUUUUCAAACAUGGCCCCUGGUCUUCUAAACACCCUCGAUUUAAGUAGCAAUAAUUUCGAAGGGCCAAUACCAAUGUUUUUCUUCCAAUUUUCUAGUCUUAGCGUCCUCUCACUAUCUUCCAACAGGUUUGGUGGCACUUUUGAGCUAAGCAUAUUGAAAAACCUUCCAAAUCUCACUGUUCUUGAACUUUCAUUCAACAACUUAUCAUCUGGUGCUAGUUGGAGUGAUUCUACCGGGUUUAUGCUCCCCCAACUUACCAACUUAAGACUGGCCCAUUGCAAACUGUGA